AUGCUUUUAGUACAUCUUAACUUCUCUAGCUGAAAUCUCCUUAACUUGAUCAUUUAUUGCAUCAAGAAAGAUCUGUGGACUGCUUCAUCUAUUAUGUUUUCAUAGUUAUGCAUUUGUAUACUUAAGAAUACUAAAAGCUGGUGCACUGAUCUGAGAUUAAGAUGUGACUGCCUGUACAUCACCAAACCCUGGUUUUUGGAGAGCGAUGUAUAAAAUAGUUCUAAGGCAUAGCCUUAUCUGUAGAUAGUUUUCUUAUGUUUGUCUUCAAAUUAUUUUUAUCAAACUGUAAGCAAUUGUUAAUUCAUUGGGAGUGAAAAAGUAAGUAAUCCUGAAAUUCAGCUUCUCAAGAAAAGAAGAUCUAUUUCAUAUGUUACCUUUGUUGUCUUCCAAUAGAUCCAGGUUCAACAAGCUGCAGGAUGCAUAUAGCAAACUUCUCCCUGAAUUGACCAAUGCAAUGCAGACAGUUGAAGAAUUAAAAGACAAAGAGGCUGAAAAAGUAGAUAAGGCCAUGGCAGAGGAGCUAAUUCACAAGCUGGACCUAGCAGAGAAAGCGCUGGCUGCUAAACAGUUCCAGAUAGAUGAAAUGAAACAAACCAUUGCCAAGCAGGAGGAAGAACUUGAGACCGUGGCUGUCCUCAGAGCUCAGAUGGAAGUGUAUUGUUCUGAUUUCCACGCUGAAAGAGCCGCACGAGAGAAGAUCCACGAAGAAAAAGAGCAGUUAGCUGUGCAGCUGACAUACUUGCUAACAGAAACACAGCACCGUGAAGGUCUUAGCAGGAAUUCACUAGCAGAAAUGCAAACUCGCCAUGGAACAAGACUACCGUCAGAUCAGGAAAACUUAUCUCACUUUUCUCAAGGAGAAACAGAAGAGGAGGAUUGGCAGCAGCAACAGAGGAACAUCCCAGUGCACUCUUGCCCAAAGUGUGGAACGAUUCUUCCUGAUAUAGACACACUUCAGAUACAUGUUAUGGACUGUAUCAUCUAAACAGUGUCAAUAAAUGAGAACUGCACUUUCUAAACCGAUGUGUCCAUUCCCACUCUCUACUAGAAAACCUGAUCUUCAGGAUUUUAUAGCCCUUCCUUAUCUAUUGGUUUCAAUGGCAAUUGUCAGGUUUUAGUUCUAUGUAAUAGAAAUAUAGCUUGGGGAAACUGCUGAUAGUCUGAAAUGGAGGAAGCCAACAGUAUAAGGACUUGGAUGGGCAUAUUCUGGAGUCACAACAGGUCUGAUGCUUGAAAGAAUGAGCUUGACAGUUGAAAGGAUGUCCUUGUCUGCAUCCAUGAAUAUGAUUGCAUAUAUUCUGCAGUCUUGUGAGCUCAUCCAAGUGUAUCUAAACCUGUGUAUCUAUGUAUCUAAUCACAGGGAGAGCAAUUGAAGAAUUGACAUGUGAGAGAAUAAGUGAAUAAAAGACUGCAAGAUCUUCAUUAAGAAGAAAGACGGAGCAAGGUCCCAACUAUUGAGUCCUGUUUACAAAUACAGUGACUCUUGCAGAAAGUCUGUUUACACAUGUUGAAAUGUAAUUCCACUUAGUCUGCUGUACAUGCCCCAUUUCUUUUCAAGAUGGAAGUUACAUACUCCAUUGUUCGGGCUCUUACUGCUGGCUAAGAGUAUAAGUGCAAUAGAGAAAGGUGUUGGGAGGGAUUAUCAAGAACACUGACAGUUUUGGCUAAUUUCUAACUGGGAAAUUAACAUCCAUUUUUAAUCAUUCAAACAGAACCUGUAUUCUUUAUCCAGAAGCACCUUAGAAUAAUGUUAGAAUGAUAAAGUUGGAACUCGAUGUCAUAUGGACUAUACGCUGUAACCAAAAGAAUAAACCUAAGUUUUAAAACCAAAAUUAAUUGUUUCUAAAAUAUCCAUCUUGCUGUUAUGCUGCUUUGUCAUUUUUAAAUAAGAAUUGUUUUGUUUUAAAAGAGAAUGUAUUUUUAAUCACUUGGACUAAUUAUGCUUGGGAAAAAAACCCUUUAUGACAAUAGCUAAUAAAUCAUGUUAAAAAGUGUUA